CAGCAAUUAAACCGACAAUCAGAUAAAUUACCACAUCAGUUCAGAGAUCAAAAGGAAGCUGAUAAAUUAUUACACUAAAAUUUAUGCUUUCAGCAUGUCAUCAAUGAAGCAAAAAGGCAAUUUGUUCUUAUUGAAUGCAUUUUUGUUGUUUUUUCUUUCUAAACUGAAAAACGACUCGCAACACACUUGAAAUUGACUGUGGGAUUUAGUUGCAUUCGUUAAGUCAACGAAGUUGAAAGUGAAUUUGUAGAGAGAGAAAAUUUUAUUUCUAGAGAAAUGAAACCCGGUUCAAUUGAGAGAAACAGCAAUGAUGCAUAUCUCACACAAACACCAGUGGUUCGACAUCAUGCAAAUGCUCGCGAACGACAUCGCACACAUAGUGUCAAUUCAGCGUUUGUAUCUUUGAGGCAAUUGAUUCCAACUGAGCCGAAAACACGAAAAUUAUCAAAAAUCGAAACAUUGCGACUUGCUCAGAGCUAUAUCGAACAUUUAUUUGCAAUGCUAAUCACGGGUCAGCCUAACAAACCGUGUCUUUAUGCAGCUCAAAUGAAUACGAACACAUCGUACAGCCAAAUUCCUCGGAAAAGGAGUAUUUGCACAUUUUGUGUAGCCACGAAGCAUCAAUCCGACGAUGUUUGAGUUCAAAAAUCAAAUCAAACAAAACCAGUUACUUAAAUAAAAAACAAGUUCAAUGCUUUAUUUGAAUACGAUAGUGAAAUAGAUUGACAUUGUAAAGA